GCCAAGGCUUAUCUUCUUCCCACCCGCUAAAACGACCAGUUAGAGCCAUUUAUAACCACACAAUGCAUCGUUUUAUAAAGCACUGCUCGAUUAAGUCUGAUUCAUGUCCGAAUCAUUCUGACCGAACCGGUUCAACUGAUUCACUGAGAAGAUCCAACUUAAAAGAAUCACCGCCAGAGUUCAAAUCUCCAUCGCUUCUGAGAGAACAUAAACAUGGCCACGAGGAAAUAUUUCCGCAGAUCAAUUGAGGAAAGAAAGCGUAUACUCGAGAAAUAUGACCAGCUUCCUCCAAUGUCCCAAAGAGCUGCAGCGCGUCUGCUAAACAUCUCAGGGCCGCUGCUUUGUAUCUGGCUCCGGAAAAGGAAUAUUAAAAAUGCCAAGUCUAACCUUCCCAGGACUGUCUUUCCAUCUCGCAAGACGCCUCGAGUAGAAGCUACACUCUGGAGGUGGAUCGAUACUUCUCGUGAGAACGGAAUUGCAGUAGAUGAUUCAACGAUUCGUAAAAAAGCGACUCUGGUGGCUACAGAAAUGGGCCUCUGUAAUUUCAGUGCGAGCACAGAAUGGUUGGCACGCUUCAAAACACGGGAGACAGUAAUACGAAAGAUGUUCCAGGUCGACCGAAAAACGGGAGACGCACCAAAAGAGCCCAAAUCCGGUAAGGAUAACAAAGCGGCGGAGCCUAAAAGCAACCUUACAGCCAAAAAGACGCAUCGAAUCGAAGCUGCACUGUGGCGAUGGAUCGAUCAUUCUUGUGAGAGCGGCAUCAGCGUAGAUGAAUCGACGAUUCGUUCAAAAGCGGCUCGGUUGGCCAAGACUGUGGGUUUCCGUAACUUCAGAGCGAACACAGAGUGGUUCAGCCGCUUUAAAACACGAGAAGGAAUCGUACGAGCGAUGUUCCGGAUCGGCCGAAAUAAUCGAUCUUCUGAUUAUAAGACGGUGGCACAAUUGGUACCAAGGAUGGAUUUCACAUCUACAAAGACGCGACAGCUUGAAGCCGCGCUUUGGAGAUGGAUCGAUCAUUCUCGAGAGAACGGUAGUAUUACAGAUCAAAUGAUUCAUUCAGAAGCGACUCGGUUGGCUAGGAUGAUGGGGUUCGGUAACUUUCGUGCAAGCGCAGACUGGCUCAACCGAUUUAAACCCCGUGAGAAAGUUGUACGAGAGAUGUUCCAGUUCGAACAGUGUUCAGAAAAUCCACAAAGCGACCAAACGGAGGACAGAAGUGCGUCUGAUCAAGUUACCCAACAAUCUGACGAGAGCAUAACGGACCAGUCUAGCGAUGAAAGCGACGAACUAACGGAUCUGGACAUUCCGAAACUCGAACCGACAGUGGUCACGGCUGAGCUCAGCGGUGAUUUACACACGGUCACUGUACCGUCACUGUGGCAAAUGAAGGAGGCUAUGAAAACACUGGCUACCGGGUUAUUGUACAGAGGAUUCUGCGACUUUAAACUUCUGCAUCAAUUUGAAAAAGAGGUUAACACUGUUUUGAGAAGAUCUGUUGCCCUAGGAACGCACAACGGCUUUCAAGCAUAAAAUUCUGGGACUUAAGUGUGUUGUAGGUUUUUAGUAGAUUAUGUAGUGUAAAUAUAAUAGUGUUUACACAAUCAUAACGGGACAGGUGCAACACGGGCUCUCUCAGGUGACCACAUGGGGGCGCCAAGUGUUUGUUAUAACACAUUCUCAUAUGU